AUGGCACCCCAGGCUGCUGUCUGUGUGUGGUCCACCACAUAUUGUACAGAGUAUAAAAAUGUUCUUGGAGCUACUGUGACCAGAUUUUGUGGCAAAUAUGGUUUAGUUGAUGACUCCAUUUACUUCACUUCCAAUGAUGUGCUGGGAGGGAUGCCUUUGCAAGUCGGCCAAAAAGUGAAUGUGGUGGCCCAAAAAAAUGAGACAUCGGGAGGUUGGAAAGCCGUCAAGGUGGAACCUGUAACUAACCAGUGGGAGGGGGAUGAUGAUACUUGCAGCUCUCCAGCAGAAAACGAAACUCAUAACCUGAUGGGCAAUGUAACUUCAUGCAACAAGGAUGGUGGCUACAUUAAUGAAACUAUUUACUUCUCCAUGGCAGAUGCGUGUGAAGGUUUUCAGCCAUAUAAAGGUGACUGGGUACAGGCCCAAUACUCUAUUGAACCAACAACUUGGAAAAGCCAAGCCUACUGCCUGAAACCACUUCGAUAUAAAAGAGUUGAUAAAGUACCAAUAACUCAAAUUCUUCAUCGAGGUGGUGUAGUGAAUGACAUUAUAUUCUUCACUCUUGAUUCUCUCCGAAUGCCGCAACUUUAUGUGCCCAAAAAAGAUGAUUUGGUUAAUGUAGUGAUUAUUGAAAGUAAUCAGUCUUUAUACCAGUGGAGAGCUUUAUGCAUUGGACCUGCAAACAAAGAAAGUUCAUCAGUUCCUGCAAUAACAAGCAAAGAUCUUGACCCUAUUGACUUGGAGUUCUUUCAUAAAGAAGGAUUGGAAGUUACAAGGAAGAUUGACUUUGGUACCAUCAGACAAGGAGAGAAAAAAGACUUGAUGGUGUGGAUUGAGAACAAAGGAAAGAAGGCACAAAGCCUUUUAAAGUAUAAGCUGGCUGGAUGGGAGAGAGACAAUCAGUUCUUAAUGACAUCCCCCCAAUUACUCACUGCCUCUGAAAAUGGAUCCAAGCAACAGACCCACACUAAAUUUGCAUCUAACUGUAGAAUGACUCAAUCCCAGUCGUCAUGUACGGCCCUUGGUUCUUUCCUGCCCUGCGUAUCAGAUCAGCAAGAUUCUAAGCUUCCCAGUGUGACCUUUGAUCAGAAGAAUGUAUCUUCACCUCCAGAAAGAUUAUCAUCCAAGCAAGAUGGUUCACUCAAUUCACGAAGCACGCCAGAUGAUAAAUUCCUGAAUAAUCUACCAUCAGCCUCUGCAAGUUGCAUAACUCAGCUCAGUUGUCUGCAAACUCUUGAUGAUGCUCAUGUAAAAUGUGAAAAGGUGACGCACGAGCUCAGCCCAACUGAAGAAAUUGGUGAAAGUCUGCUGCAAAUAUUACCCGGUGGAAAAGCCUACAUAAAACUCAUGUGUGAAGCAAAAAAUCCUGGUCGUAAUAAAGAUUUUCUCUUGCUUUAUUUUAAUAAUUUUACGAUGGGAUGUUAUGUGGAAGUGGACGUAACGAGUGAUGAGGAAUAUCUACUGGUACCAAGAUCCAGCUAUCACCCCAUACAAUCCAAAUCCUUUCAAUCAGAUCAAAAAGAAACGAACUUCACAGUUGUGAGUGUGAGAAAUCCUUCAAGACUGGCCAGACGGCGCAUACCUAGCUUUCUUCCACAGUACGCUGUGCCUGAGAGAUUAAAAGAGUGCAUUGAAAGGGAUGCAGAUAUCCUGACCAUUCAGCCAAAUCUUUCGGAGGCUCUGAGCAUGUCAAAAUAUAAAGAUCAUUUUUCAACACUUCUGUGGCUGGAAGAGAUCAAAGCCAAGAUGGAGAUGAGGGAAUUUAAUAUGCCCAACGUGACCUUGAGAAAGAAAGGGGACUUCCUCAUUCUGGAGGUGCCAGGGUUGGUUGAAGGCCGACCAUCGGUAUCUGUUGGUGACCGAAUCAUAUUAAAGAAUUCAUGUUAUACAGAAUCUGAAGUACGAUAUUCUGGCUUUGUACUGGAGGUGUAUGAAGAUGAGCUUGUACUGAAGUUUAAUUCUUCAUUUCAGCAAGCCUAUGGAGGGGAGCCUAUGGAUGUGGAGUUUACAUAUAACAGAACUUCAACUCGGAGAUGCCUAUUUGCUGUGGAACAAGCUAUUCAUCUUGGUGAACAAGUUUUGUUUCCAGAGAAUGUUGCAGUAAAACCUCCACAGACAGUUACUACAUGGGAUGAUAUUUACACAGUUGUGACAAAUGAAAAAAACAAUUGCUGCAGAUUGGAAGGCCAGACUAACAAAGAAAAGGACGUGGCUGCGAAAUUAAAUAGUUCCUGUACAGGAGGAAAUUAUACAGGCAAACAAUCCAAUGGGCAAGAAUGUACUUUCUUUAACUCUCUCCUGAAUGACUAUCAAAAGUCUGCAGUCAAGAGGAUACUUCGUGGUGAAUGCAGACCAAUACCAUAUAUUGUAUUUGGACCUCCUGGCACUGGAAAAACAGUCACUAUCCUCGAAGCAAUCUUGCAGAUCCACUUUACCUUACCAGACAGUCGGAUUUUGGCUUGUGCUCCAUCCAACAGUGCUGCUGACCUACUGUGUUUACGUUUACAUGAAAGCAAUUUGUUGAAACAAGGAGACAUGGUGCGAGUUAAUGCCACUUGCAGACCUGCAGAGUACAUCCCUGAAAUUAUACAAUUGUACAGUAAAGAUGGUGAAGAUCUUUGGGAUGCAGCACGCUGCAGAAUAAUAAUAAGCACGUGUAGUACAGCUGGAUUAUUUUACCAGAUUGGAUUAAGGAUUGGGCACUUUACUCAUGUUUUUGUUGAUGAAGCUGGUCAAGCUAGUGAACCUGAAUGUCUCAUUCCAAUGCUGCUUGUAUCGGAGGAAGAUGGACAGAUUGUGCUUGCUGGAGACCCAAUGCAACUGGGACCAAUAAUAAAGUCGAGAAUUGCUUCAGCUUAUGGUCUGUGUGUUUCACUUUUGGAGCGAUUAAUGGCACGUCCUUCGUACUGUAGAGAUGAAAACUUUGCUGCAUUUGGAUCCUAUAGUCCUCUUUUGGUGACAAAGCUAGUGAAUAAUUAUCGGUCACAUUCAUCUUUACUUGCCCUGCCUUCUAAGUUGUUUUAUCAUCAAGAGCUAAAGAUGUCUUCAGAUCAGUCUGUGGUCAACAAGUUCUGUAACUGGGAAAAAUUGCCCAGAAAAGGAUUUCCGAUAAUUUUUCAUGGAUUGAGGGGAAAUGAAAUGAGGGAAGGUAGCAAUCCAUCAUGGUUCAAUCCUAAAGAGGCAGUUCAAGUAAUGCGUUACUGCUGUCUCCUGGCAAAACACUGUACAAACCCAGUAAAACCUUCUGAGAUUGGGGUCAUUGCACCCUAUCAAAAACAGGUACAAAAGAUCAGAAUUCUUCUCCGAAGCGGUUAUCUCUCUGACCUAAAGGUUGGAUCUGUUGAAGAGUUUCAAGGCCAGGAGAAACUAGUCAUAAUUGUGUCAACAGUACGGUCCAGUGAAGAAAAUCUGGCUGAGGACACGCGUUAUGUUUUAGGGUUUCUUUCCAAUCCCAAAAGAUUUAAUGUGGCUAUCACUCGAGCAAAAGCAUUAUUGAUUGUGGUUGGUAAUCCACAUAUUCUUCUCAAGGAUCCAUGUUGGGGUGCAUUUCUGGAAUACUGUGUUACAAACAAUGCAUAUGUUGGUUGCGAUCUCCCACAUGAAGUUUUGAUUCAGCAAAGAGCUAUAUCUGGGAAGAAAUAA